GACCGUUUGGUCAAUGCCCCCCCGCAGGGCCAGUGAGACGGAGACAGGCUGAAGAGGGAGACUGCUGGAUCUGGUUGGGACGUUUGGAUCAUGGUGGAACCAUCGAAACCAGUUGCUGUUCUACUGCUGUUCCUGGUGCACAGCUGCCGAGCGGACGAUGUUUUCCUCAGCAGCCAGCGAGCGUCCGAGGUUCUGGUCCGGAGCCGACGAGCCAAUCAGAUCUUUGAGGAGAUGAAACCAGGGAACCUGGAGAGAGAGUGUGUGGAGGAGGUGUGCGACCAUGAAGAGGCCAGAGAGGUGUUCGAACAGACGGAGAAAACAGAAAAGUUCUGGAAGAAGUAUCUGGACUGUAAAGGAACUCAGAGAAGAGAAACACAACAGGACAUUGGUCGUGUCAGACAAUGUGUAGAAGGUCGGUGUAUUUUCGGUAAGGGGUUUAGCUACGAAGGAGAUGUCAACAUCACAAAAUCUGGGAGACAAUGUCAGUACUGGAAUCGCAACUUCCCACAUCCCAUCAUGAGGGAGUUUAACGCCUCGGAGCUGAGCAGUAUCCUUCAGGAGAACUUCUGCAGAAACCCAGACGGUCGAGCUGAGGGCCCCUGGUGCUUCACCAAGGACCCGACGGUGCAGAAGGAGGCCUGCAGGGUCCCGACCUGUGGUGAGGACUUUGUCCCGUCCACCGUGGCCCCUGAACCGGUCCGAACCGGAGCCUGUCUGCCCAGCUAUGGUGUAGACUACGAGGGCGACCUGAGUGUGACCCUGGGAGGACACGCCUGUCUGGAGUGGUCCUCGCCGCAGGUCGUGGAACUCAGCCGAGACAAGGACUUCAUCCCCGAGGUCACCCUCCAGGGAAACAAGUGCCGGAACCCGGACAACGACCCCGAGGGGCCCUGGUGCUACGUGAGGGACGCUGGGAAUGUGACGGUGGACUUCUGUGACCUGGACCUCUGUGAGGACCCACUGCUUGGACAGCUGGAGACGUCAGAGACAGACGUGAGAGAACGUUCUGUCCUAGGCGCGAAGAGGAAAACCUUUUUCAGUCCUCGAACCUUCGGACAGGGAGAAAGUGAGUGUGGACAGCGCCCCCUGUUUGAGCUGAAGGGGAUCAAGGACCUGAAGGAGGACGAGCUGCUGGAGUCCUACAGAGACAAACGCAUCGUCGGGGGGGACGACGCCGAGGAGGCGUCUGCACCAUGGCAGGUGAUGCUGUUCAAGAGGAGCCCCCAGGAGCUGCUGUGUGGAGCCAGUCUGAUCAGUGACCAGUGGAUCCUCACGGCCGCUCACUGCAUCCUCUACCCGCCCUGGAACAAGAACUACACCACCGGCGACAUCCUGGUCCGGCUGGGGAAGCACCACAGAACCAUAUACGAGCGCGGCAUCGAGAGGAUCGUGCCCAUCGAUAGAAUCAUCGUCCACCCCAAGUACAACUGGAAGGACAACCUGAACCGGGACAUCGCCCUGCUGCACAUGAGACGCCCGGUCACCUUCAGUGACAAGAUCUCCCCCGUCUGCCUGCCCAGCAAGAAGGUCGCCGUGGCUCUGAUGUCCGAGGGCUUUAAGGGCCGAGUCACCGGCUGGGGGAACCUGAGGGAAACCUGGAAGCCAUCGGCGAGAAGUCUUCCCAGCGUCCUCCAGCAAAUCCAUCUGCCAAUCGUGGACCAGGACGUCUGCGUCAGCUCCACCAGCGUGAAGAUCACAGACAACAUGUUCUGUGCUGGUUUUAAACCGGACGACGUUGAGCGUGGCGACGCGUGUGAGGGAGACAGCGGUGGACCGUUUGUGAUGAAGUACCCGUCAGAGGACCGCUGGUACCAGAUGGGCAUCGUGUCGUGGGGCGAGGGCUGCGACCGGGACGGGAAGUACGGGUUCUACACUCACCUGUACCGGCUGAGCCGCUGGAUCAGGAAAACCAUCAGCAGCACCGACUGAGCAGGAGGAGCAUCACCGAGCAGGGAGGAGGAGCCACUAACACACUUCCUGUUCUCACCAGGCUUAAUAAAGCUCACUUCCUGUCUAUGA